AUGAGCUCUCACACGAUACUGGGAACUGCUGUUCCUAAUAGUGAUAAAAUCCCUCCUUUUGACUGGUCUAAAAUACCAGAUACAACAAAAUUGCGGCCCCUACCCAAUAUUGCGAAAUUGAAAGACACCCAAGAUAUCUAUGGAUGGGCAAUGAUUGUUGAGCGGGCACUUAAGAUCCGAAAACUUUGUUGUCUCAUUGACGGAUCUGUUCCUUCAACACCACCGACAGACAAGGCUUUAUACGAACGCUGGGAAGCUGCAGAUAUAUAUGUCAUGGAUUGGCUGAUCCUGCAGAUUGAUUACACUUUUUACAACGAAAUUGAAAACUUCAACCCUCCAAUGGAUACAGCCCAAAAGUUCUUUACGUCAAUUAAACAGACACUCGGAGAUAUCAAUAUGGAUAUAUACUUGAAGAAAUGGGAAAGGAUGAAGCGAUCAGACUUUUCAACGGUGGCCCAGUUCGUGGAAGCACUGUCCGAAUCCUACCGUGAAAUCACCAGGACUGGAUUCCCAGUUCCACCAGUCUGCGGCAUCUACCGCCUCAUCUAUAGUAUUGAAGAUGAGAUGGCUACCUGGGCGACAUAUAUCUCACUCGAGGUAGAAAAGUUCAAGCCUAUGGACGUCACAAAACAACAGUUCUUCGACAUCUGCGACAGAACGCGGGCGAAAGCAUUAUACAGUGCUGCGGCCCCGAAGCCAUCAUCAAACCAGAGACGUUCAAGGUUACGGAAUAGGCCCAAAUAG